UGGUACUUACAUAAAAGUAUUGCAAAAUAUCAAUACCUAGUCUUCGAAAAUAAUAAGGAGAUGUUCGUAAGACUACAAUAUUUCUUAUAUUAUGAAUUUAAUACAGAAAAAAAGGGACAGAGGUUUAUUAGAUUAAUAUGCAUAAUCGUUAGUUUUUGUUUUCAUAUUCAAAAAACAUGACUUAUAAUUUACGUUGAAUAAAAUAUUUUCAUUUCUAUAGUUGUCACACCUUACUAAGAAAAUAUUGAGAAAUCGGAAAGUAUGUAGAUUCUUUAACGUAUACAUAUAUUUUGCAUUGUGUUGUAUAAAUAUAGUCUUUUAUUCGUUAUUAUGAGAUACUUAAGUAAAACUUAAAAAUAUGUUCUUACUGAUGACAACUAUUUAAACCGUUUAAAAACGUUUUAACUACAUACUUAGGUGAUACUUACUUUACGUUUUAGAUUUAGAGUGAAGCUAUGGUAUAUAAUAUUAUGUUGGUUGUAUAAUUAUGUGUAGGUACCUAUUUUUUUUAUUAUGAUGGUUUCUUUUAUUAAUAGAACAGUGAUUAAAAGUUCCAUGUGAUUCAUAGGCACAACUAUAGGGUUAAAAUUCCGAGAGGGCUAACAAAACUAUUUAUUUAAAAUAACCUUUAGGGAGCUUAUAUCUAAAUCAAUAAGGGAUAUUUUUUUUUUUGGGGGGGGGGCUAAAUCUUAGUCAGGGGAGACUAAACCCCCUAGCAUACCCCCUAGUUGUGCCAAUGGCAUGAUUCAAUAUUUAAUUUUGUAACAUUUUAAAAUCUUUUUAGAUCACAAUUUAUAAAAUGUAUAUCACUAUAAUUUGAAUUAUUGGAAUGUUGGAAUGUUUUGUUGACCACUAUAAUUAGAGAAUCUCAGAAAUCGUAAACCAGCAUAAUAUGUAUUAUAACAUAACAAUGUUAAAAAAGCAGACAUUUUUUUAAAAAAAUUGUAUAAUUUAUUUUUUGUUUUUUUUCUAUUGAAUUUGUAACUUAAGGCUUUAUUACAAAAAAAUGUAUAUAUAUGUUACAGUUAAAGUGUUGAAUCAGUUAGUUUAUGAAAUAACUAGGUAAUUUAUAAAAUAACUAAAGCUUGUAGGUAAUGUAUAUAGUUUAUACUUUAACUAGUUAUUUUAUGCAUUCCCUGGCAUCACUUAGUUAAUGUGUCAAAUUGUAAAUAACGCCACCCCGCGCAACACGAAUCAGACGGCGCGUCAACUGUACCGCGCUAUACCACUCCACACGCCGCGCGACGCGCAACGCGCCGUGUGAUCCCACCUUUACAUUUCAACAAUUUAAUAUAACACAUUAAAUCAGAUAAGAUUAUCGGUGACCGCAAUGUACGUUUAUCGUGUUAUUAUAAGAUAAUCGUUUAUCGUGUUAUUAUAAGAUUUUUGUUGUUGGUAUUUGGUACAUGUAUUAUACAGGUUUAAAGUUUAGUAAUAGUUUUACAGUCACACGUGUUCGCUGUUAGUUCGUUUGUCUCUACACUAUUAUUUUAAGUAUUAACUAUAUUGUUCACAAUGAAUGAAUUAGAUUUAAUGAAAGAAAAGUUUUAUAUUAGUGUUAAAAAUCGUUUAUUAAAACCAAAUAGUGCAGUUUUAACAAAAGAAAAAUAUGCAAGUUUGAUGAUAGACGUGAGAAAAAUGAAAAUAAAAAAGGAAUCUUCUCGUGACUAUUGGUUAGAAAAACAUUACGAUAUUGUAAAAAUAAACGGCAUUGAAAAAUUAAUACUACCCGUAAGUAAUCAAAAUGAAAAUGUUAAAUUAUAUGUUAUGAUUGAAGAAAUAUUUGAUUAUUUACAUGAAAUUCAUAUUUCUAUUGGACACGGGGGCAGAGAUCGCAUGUUAUAUGAAAUAAAUAAACGUUAUAAAAAUAUUACUCAAUCUGAUGUUAAGCAAUACUUAGAUUUGUGUAUACCUUGCCAGCAAAAAAAAAAAAGUCAAAAAAAAGGUAUUGUUGUAAAACCAAUGGUGUUUGAAGAUUUUAACAGCCGUUGCCAAAUUGAUUUAAUUGAUUUUCAAUCUCAGUCUGACGCAGGGUAUAAAUUUGUUUUGGUUUAUCAGGACCAUCUGACCAAAUUUUGUAUUUUAAGACCUUUGAAAUGUAAAAGAGCUGAACAGAUUGCAUACGUUCUUUUGGAUAUUUUUUGUUUAUUUGGUGCUCCCUCAGUACUGCAAUCGGAUAACGGCCGAGAAUUUUGUAAUGAAAUUGUAAAUUCUUUAAAAGAGAUGUGGCCCGAAUUGACUAUUGUCCAUGGCAAACCACGACAUAGCCAAUCUCAGGGCAGCGUAGAGAGAGCAAACCAGGAUAUUGAAAAUAUGCUGACUACGUGGAUGCAAAGCAAUAAUACCAACAAAUGGAGUGAAGGCCUUCGGUUUGUACAAUUUAUGAAGAAUAAAGCUUUACAUUCCGGAAUUAAACGUAGUCCAUACGAAGCAAUGUUUGGUAGUGUACCAAAAACUGGACUAUCUUCAAGUCUUCUACCUAAAGUUAUCUUGCGUAAAAUGGAAUCUGAAGAAGAAGCUGUAAGUCAACAAACUAUUAACUCAGGGCUAGAGACAGAAACCCGAUUGGAUAAUAUGGAUGACGUUACUGACGUAGAUCGACCAACAGUUGGCACAGAAAAAGAUAUAGUUCAUUUAAAUAUUGCUACGGAUGACGUUACUGACGUAGAUCGACCAACAGUUGGCACAGAAAAAGAUAUAGUUCAUUUAAAUAUUGCUACGGAGAGGAAAAAAGCUAAAGAAAAUUUGGAAAAACAGGCAAAAAGAAUGAAAGAUUUAUCAAAUACUAAAUUUGCGGUUGCUAAUAUUGGUUCUACAGUGCGUAUCAAAAUUCCCGAUGUUGAUAGAGGAAAGGGUGAUCCUCGUUCAAUUAUUGCAGUUGUUUUAAAAUUAACUGACGAUGGGUUUUAUCAACUGGGAUGCAAUGAUGGUAAGAAAAAUUUAAAUAAUACAAGUAAUUUUUUAUUUUUUAUUUUAAUUUUUUAUUUAUUUGUUACCUACCUUAAACAUUAUAUAAUUACAGGAGUGUUAAAACAACUAUACUCUCGAUCCCAGUUCACAGUAUGUUCAGAAAAUUUGUUAGCUGUAGAAGCUGUUCCAAAUGAAAGUAUUACAUUAAGAUCUGCGGCAACUGCGCAGUCACUGGGAACUGGUCAGGGUUUUUUUAAAUGCACUUGUACCAAAAAAUGUGACACAAAGCGAUGUGUUUGUAGAAAAAAAGAGGUGUUGUGCAACUCUAAAUGCCAUAAUAGCCUUACAUGUACAAAUAAAUAAAUAAUAUAACUAUAAUUAAUUCAUAAUUCAGUAAAAUAAAAUAUUAUAAUAUAUAUUUUAAA